AUGUCAACAUCUAGAUCACCACAUCAUUUCAGUGUUCUUAAUCCUUUUCGUAGAAAAGGAGGUGAUGAAAAAGAAGGAGAUGAAAAAGGUGAUAAAGAAGAGUUUAGUCCAAAAGUCAAAGAAGAAAAAAAAGAGAAAAAAAAAGAAGAAAAAAAAGAAAAAGAAAGAGAGAAGAAGGAACGUAAAGAAGAAAAGAAAAAGAAAGGGAGUGAAGAAAACAUUUUAGAUGAUUUUCUCAGAAAAGCAAGAAUUCAAAAACAAAAAACUCACGAAGAAAUUUUUGUUCCUGAAGAAAAAACUAAAAAAGAAAAUAAAGACAUAGUUGAAACAAAAAAAGAUGAAACGAAAGAAGAGAGUCUUUGUAUUGCGAAAGGAUUAGACCCAAACGAAAAUAAAGAAGAUAUUUUGAAAGAUCAAAAAGAAAAUGUUAAGAAAGAAAAAGACAUUGAAAUAAAAGAAGAGUCGUUAACAGCAGAAACAGACACUGAAAAAUUAAAAAAUCACGAAGAAAACUUAACAAUUAAACAAGAAGAUAAGAAAGACAAAUGCUUAGAAAAACAAAGUCGAUUAGAACAAACAACAAAAAAAAUUAAGUCUAUGAUUUUUAUGAAAGAGCCUAGUCAUAAAAAUGAAGAAAAACCAAGAGAAGAUGAAGAAAUAGUUAGUAAUGUCGAUGACAUACAAAAAGAUGUGAGAGUUGUUAUUGAAAGUGUACCAAAGAAAAAAAAGAAAAAAACAAAUUUUGUCAAAGAACGAUUAAGAAGAAGUGGAUUAAAAAGUCAUGCAAGUGGAGUGUCAACAUCACAUAUGAAUUCAGAUGAUGUUACUGAUAGAUUUUUUAUUACUGAUGAAUUGCCUUCAUUUAGAAAAGAACAGUUUAACGUUACAUGGGAUGGAUUUACUAAAGAACAAAAAGAGUCAAUGUUUGAAACUAAAGGAACAUUUAUUGAGUAUUUAGAUCGUUUUGAAAAAGAGUCAAAAGAUCAAAUCAUUUAUAUUGAAGACAAUUAUCAAAUUAAAUUCGAUGAUUUAUAUAGAAAUGCUAAAGUAUUUGCUAAGUCUUUAAUGUGUAUUGAUGUUUCUGUUAAACAGCCAAGUGUUAUGAUUAUUAUGGAAAAUGGAAUACAUUCAAUUACUUCUGCACUUGGAGUUAUGCUUGCUGGAAUGUCAGCUGUUUAUGUUCAUCCAGGUUCAUCAAUUGAAAUGUUAAAAUUAAUUAUUAACAAGUCUAAUGUUAGAAUUUGUUUGUUAGACCAUACAUCAAUGUCAUUCAGUGAUUUAUGGGAUAUAUUUGAUAUAAUUUUAAUUAAUGUAGAAGGAGAAUAUAAAGAAAUAUAUGAACCAUAUGAAUUUAAAGGAACAACAGAAAUUAAUAAUAAAUUAAGACAUAAAUUAACUCAAAAAAUGGUAGAAAAAAUUCACCCUAAAGCACAACCUCAAUUUUAUGAUGCUGAAAAUGGAGAAAUUAGCAUUGAAACAGAAAAUGAAUGUGUGUUUACUCUUGAAAGUUUUUUAUCAAGAUCUACGUCUGUUCCUGAUGAAAUGUUUUAUAAAAAAAUUAAUUCUAUUACUACAAAUUCUAUUGUUGAAAUUGUUUUUGUUCCAUCAAAACAUGGAGGAUAUAAAGGAAUAAUUUGGACACAAGGGAAUGUUUUAUCUCAAACAAAUCAAAUUAUUACAUUAUUUUCACUGAAUAAUAAAACACGAAUAUUACACCAUUUACCAAAUAGUUAUUAUUUAGAAAGAUUAUUUUGUUUUUAUAUUCCAAUUAUUACAAGAUGUUCUGUUUCAGUUAUUGAUUCAACAAGUACAAGAGGUUUAAUGAUACCUUUUUUAAAAGCACUUGAACGACAUAGACCUUCUUUAUUAUUUUCUACACCACGUGUAUUUGAAAAAUUAAAUAAAAUUGUUAAACAAAAGAAAAUAACAAAAAAAUGUAUUUGUGUUUCAACUUAUCUUGCAAAGUCAACUCAAGCUAUUUCAAUUUAUACUGGAAUUUGUUCUCCUGAAGCAUGUGGUUUUGUUACAAUGAAUAGACCUGGAUGCAUUGAAGAAAAUACUGCUGGUCCUGCACUUGAUGAUAUGCAUACCCAAGUUAAUAAUGGAAAAUUAAGAGUAUGGGGACCUUCAGUAACUCCAGGAUAUGUAAGUGGAGAUGUUAGAGGAAAAAAAGGAGUUUUAUUAAAUCCAAUAGUUGAAAUGAUUAAUGUUGAUGGUACUAAAAUAUAUUCAGUUAUUGGUAAAGUCUCUCCAACUAUUGUUACUUCUAAUGACGUUAUUUUACAUUGUCCAAUUAUUGAAGACUUAAUACGAAAAAUUCAAACAAUAGAUAAUUGUCUUGUUGUUGGUGAUGGAAAGAGAUGUGCUGGAGCAUUACUUACAGUAAAAGAAAAUGAAGUACAAAAAGCAUUUGGACCAGGUGAUGUUAGAAGAAAUAGUGAAUAUAUGAAAUGGUUAAAAAAGAGGGUUGUUGAUCUUAUGGCAGUUUUUCCAUCAUAUAUGAGGAUUAAAAGAUUUAUUAUUGUAAAAGACAAUAUUACUGAUGAAUUUCCAAUUCAAAUUAAACCCCAUUUAACAAAUGAAGAAAGAAUUCGACUUUAUAACAAAUUUAAAAAAGCAAUUGAUAUGAUGUAUCCAAAUGAACCUUAUUGUGAAAAAUAA